UUUCCUUAUCAUACAUAUGAAUUGAAAUAAAGGAUUCAUGAUUUUCUAGCCCUUUAAAUAAGUUUUUAUUGCGCCAACGGGUCCAGCUCAAUGAAAAAAGGCUUUAACUUGUAUACUAAAGGUUUCAAAUUCGAACCCUCAUAACAUCUUAAUUGUGUGUGUGUACGUGAGAAACCUCCAUCUCCUUGUUAGUUUAGACUAUAAUUUAUACAAAAAAAAAAUAAUUUCAAUUGUUGCUGCAACAAUAAGAGCCCACCACCCAAAAAAAAGGAAAAAAUAAAAUAAAAAGUCAAGUACAAUUCUUAAUGGAAAGUGAAAGCAGAAAGGGGCAAUUAGCUUUUGAUAAAUAUCUUGCUUUCACAUACUCAUUAAUUACUGAAAAUUACUUGUUCAUAGAAUCAUAGUCCACAUACAUUUUCUCUCAUCCCUAGAGAGAUAACAGGGAGUAAUAUAAAAUCACAACAGAGGCCCAAGAAUUCUUCAAACCCAAUUUCAAAACUUUCGUAUCUCUCAGAACUCUAAUUCACUUCAACUCUAUUUCCACUAGUUCUUUGUCAUUGCUCCCUUAUUUCUCUCAUCUCAUGGCACCACCAAACAGAGAAAACCAAAUGGGUUCAUACUCUAACACCAGCAUUGUCCAAAAGCCACCCAGGCUUUCCAUGGGAAGCCUUCAAAGAACCAUUUCUGACAUUUCAGAUGAACUAAGCAGCAGCUCCAAAGAAGCCAUUCAUGCCAUGCAGCUUCCAACUAUCUCUGAGGUUGAGGAUGCCAAGUGUGAGUGCUGUGGCAUGUGUGAGGAGUGCACCAACGAGUACAUCAAUCGCGUGCGAAACCAGUAUUCGGGGAAGCUGAUUUGUGGGUUGUGUGCAGAAGCUGUGAAGGAAGAGAUGGAGAAGAAUGGAGGCAAAAGAGAAGAGGCUGUCAAUGAGCAUUUCAGUGAUUGUGUCAAGUUCAAUAGGCUUGGCAGGGCAUACCCUGUUUUGUACCAGGCGGAGGCCAUCAAAGAGAUCUUGAAAAAGAGUUCAAAAAUUAGGGCCAAGUCUACAGGUCCUAGAGAUAAGAGUGUUAAAAAGAAUAAUACCAUCACAAGGAGCUCCAGCUGCAUUCCUGCAAUUAAUCGAGAAGAACUGAGCCCUAAACCCUGAACUCUAAACCCGAAACUUUUAUAACUAGAUGGUUUGAUUACUCAGCUUCCAACUCUAGGACCUAGCUAAUAAGCUACCUUUAGCCAAAUGUCUGGUUUCUUCUUUCUCCAUAUAAAUUGAGCAUGGUCAUGUUUCUUAUGGUGUCAAUUAAUCAAAUAAGUAAGCCAAUGUACUUGAAGUCCAUUAUACUAUAUUGCAUGUCUCAAUCACAAGGACAAUUACACCUGCUAACAGUUAUCAACAGAUAAUUCAUAAUUUGACAUAUAAAUAUAAUAGCAGUUCUCAAUUUAGUGGCACUUCUCUUUCCAAUCUUAAAAGAUUUUUCAAAUUUCAAUUCUCUCGCCGCAAUGAUAAAAAAAAAAUAAAAAAAUUGCAGUAACGUAGCAUAAGAUUUGGUAUAGCCAAUCAAAACAAGACGUUAACCCUCGAAAUUAGUCUAAGUGGUGAGGAGAGGUAGGAUGAAUUCUCUCCCCAAAAAUUGAUCACAAGCAACAUGGUGUUAUGUUUAAUUCUUAAAUAACAAAAACGCCCUCAACUAAA